AUGCCGGCAAUUUACAAUUUCAAAAAGAUAACGGUGGUUCCGUCCGCUGCGGAUUUAAAGGAGAUCGUUCUUUCCAAGACACAGAGGAAAACACCGACUGUGGUUCGUCGUCAUUUUGCAAUCAGCCGGAUUCGGUCAUUUUAUACACGAAAGAUUAAAUUCUUGCAGCAGGUUUUACACGAUAAAUUGACACAAAUCAUCGAUGAAUUUCCAAAAAUGGAGGAGGUUCAUCCAUUUUAUGCUGAUCUUAUGAACAUUUUAUACGAUAAAGACCACUACAAGAUUGCUUUGGGACAAAUGAACACUGCUCGUCAUUUGAUCGAUGGUAUUGCACGAGAAUAUGUUCGCCUAAUGAAAUAUGGCGAUUCAUUAUAUCGAUGUAAAAUGUUAAAACGAGCAGCACUUGGACGAAUGGUAAAGUUAUUAAAGCGCCAGAAAUCGAGUUUUGAUUAUUUGGAGCAGGUACGGCAGCACCUUUCGCGUUUACCAACAAUUGAUCCAAACACGAGAACAUUAAUACUAUGUGGUUUCCCAAAUGUUGGUAAAUCGUCGUUGAUGAAUUUACUGACACGUGCUGACGUUGAAGUACAACCUUAUGCAUUCACCACUAAAGCUCUUUAUGUUGGACAUCUUGAUUAUAAAUAUCUCCGUUGGCAGGUUAUUGAUACACCUGGUAUUUUGGAUCAACCUUUGGAAGAGCGUAAUACAAUUGAGAUGCAGGCAAUCACCGCACUUGCACAUUUGCGUGCUGCAGUUUUGUUCGUCAUGGAUAUAAGUGAAACAUGUGAUCAUACGAUUGAAGAACAAGUAGCAUUAUUUGAAAGUAUUCGUCCAUUAUUUGUGAACAAACCAGUAUUAGUUGGCCUAAAUAAAGUGGAUAUUGUAAAGCGAGAUGAACUAAAGCUGGAGAAGAUGGAACAGCUGAAAAGAUUAGAAAACGAUUCUUUAUCUAUGUUUGAACUUAGCACUGUAACACAAGAAGGAAUUAUGGAUUUCAGAAAUACGGCGUGCAAUUAUCUUCUGACACAACGUGUUGAAAGCAAACUGCAGUCGAGGAAGUUAGCAAUUGAAGAUGGUGUGCUAAGCCGUGUGUUUGUUGCUUAUCCUAUUCCAAGGGAUGAUAAAGUACGUGCACCGCAUAUACCAGAAGCAGUUGUAAAAAAAAAAUUUUUGGGCAGUAAUAAUGCCAAUGGCGAGAGAGUUGCGGGAAUACGAAAAUUAGAGCGUCAGAUUGAGCUGGAAAUGCAAGACGAAUAUAUACUUGAUUUGAAGAAACAUUAUUUACUGAAAAACGACGAUGAAAAAUACGAUGUUGUGCCAGAAAUAUGGGAAGGACAUAAUAUCGCCGAUUUUGUUGCAUCAAAUAUCAAAGAUAUGUUGGAGCUAAUCAAAAAAGAGGAAGAAGCAAAGAUUCAAGCUGGAUACUAUGAUGAAGAUUUGGUAUUGGAUGAUGACAAGACGAGAAGAUUGCUUAAAAAUGCCGAGAAAAUCAUGGAAAAAGAGAUUCAGCUAAAAAUGGCUUCUCAAGCUAAAAAGCGCAUCACGAAACCACGUUUAAGUCGUUCUGUGGUGAGAAAACGGAAUAGAACUACGGCAUGUUUGGAAGAACAAUUUCGGGAUCUUGGUGUUGAUAUUGAUUCAUCACAGUUGAAGAACUUGGCUAAGGAACAACUGAAGGAGCCUACUGUCAAAAAGAUACGGGUGGGGAAAAGCCCGAGCCUGGUUGCUAGUCGACCGCCUAGUCGUGAUGUCCAGGGUAUAAAGAAUGACGAAGUACGAGAAAUAACGAAGAAAGUUGGACGAAAAAAGCAGAGAAAUCUGCAACAUGAAGCAAGGAAAGGUGAAGCUGACAGGCAUAUCUUUGCCAAACGUCCGAAACACUUGUUUUGUGGCAAGCGUGGACUUGGAAAAACAGACAGGCGUUAA